ACGUGCUAUGGUUUCGGUGCUUGAUGAGCUCAGGGCGACGCUGGAGGCGAUGAAGGCGCGAGGAGGAGCGGCAGGGGAACGAGUGCCAGCAUCCACACAGAAGGCUGCAGAAGAGCUCCUCUCUUGCCUCAGGCGAGAUGCAGGGCUGGUUCAGUCCCAGUCUUCAGGGCCAGCUAUUCACUAUGGCAUGAACUAUGUUGAUGGUGGAAAUUCAAGCACCCGAGCGCACAACAGCACGGGCAUCCUUCCAUACAAUGAUGGGGGAGCAGCGGCACAUUACGCCAAGUUGAGAGCGGGAGGGUCCGGUCAGCAUGCAGUUUCCGCACCGAAUGCUAUGAGGGGGACAGAGGUCUACAUGAAAGGAAGCAGCUGGUCCCAGCAUUAUUGAGGUUGUACGCUGGUCGCAUGGGUUCAAGAGCGAAUCUCGUUUUUAAACUUGUUUUUCUAUUAGAGCACUUCACAGCAAA